AAAAACAACAGCUGAACCAUCUGUAAAGCAUUACCUUUUACAAAAUGAAUGUUGCCGUGCAUAUAUUUAAUGUUUUAAUAUUUUUCCUGGGUGAAUCACUCAGCGAACCGUCAAACAAAAAGUUUCCAGAAAACUUCAAGUUCGGUGUUGCCACUGCUGCUUAUCAAAUAGAGGGAGGAUGGGCAGACGAUGGUAAAGGUGUAAGUGUGUGGGACCAAUUUGCCCACACCUAUCCUGAUCGCGUAGCUAAUGGUGACAAUGGAGACGUCGCUUGCGAUUCAUAUCAUAGAUACUUGGAAGAUGUUGAAAUGCUUGCAAAUAUGGGUGUUAACCACUACCGAUUUUCGUUGUCAUGGCCAAGAAUUUUGCCUACCGGAUAUACGAAUCAAAUAAAUGAAGCAGGUGUGACUUACUACAAAAAUCUGAUUAGUGCCUUAAAAGAAAAUGGAAUUGAACCUUUUAUCACCCUGUACCAUGGAGAUCUUCCUCAAACCCUCCAGGACAUUGGUGGUUGGCCAAAUCCUCUACUUGCCGAUAUUUUUGCUGAAUUUGCUAGAACAGCGUUCAGUUUAUUUGGUGAUGAUGUGAAGAACUGGACGACGAUCAAUGAACCCAAACAAACAUGUAUAACUGGAUAUGGCCUAGGAAAUUCAGCUCCUGGUGCUUCAGCAAGUGGGAUUGGAGAGUACGAAUGCAUGCAUACACUAUUGAGAGCUCAUGCUAAAGCUUAUCAUAUAUACGACGAAGAAUUUAGAGCGACACAGAAUGGAAGAGUGUCCAUUGUUUUAGAUACUGCCUGGUUUGAGCCUGCAAGUGAUAGUGAAGAUGACAUAGAAGCGGCCGAAAGAGCUUUACAAUUUGAGCAUGGCUGGUGUGCUCAUCCAGUAUAUCACCCAGAUGGUAAUUAUCCUCAAGUAAUGAUAGACCGCAUUGCUGAGAGAAGCCAAAAGGAAGGUUUUUCGAAAUCUCGUUUACCCGAAUUUUCAGCAGAAGAAGUAGAUUAUAUACGAGGAACUUUUGAUUUUUUGAGUCUCAAUACUUAUACUACCAAUCUGGCAAAGUGGACUACUGAUCAUGAAAUUGGUACUCCUGGAUAUUAUGCAGAUCUCAGUGUUUCAACAUACCAAGAUCCUUCUUGGAAUGGUUCAGCCUGGAUAAAGGUAGUUCCAUGGGGAUUGAGAAAACUUCUUAACUGGAUCGAUCAGACUUAUGAUCAUCCAGAAAUUGUUAUUACUGAAAACGGAUAUGCUGAUGAUGGACGACUAGACGAUCCGGACAGAAUCAACUAUUAUGCGGAAUAUUUGACUGCUGUUCUAGAAAGUAUUUAUGAAGAUGGUCUUAACGUUACAGCAUACACCGCUUGGAGUUUGAUGGAUAAUUUUGAAUGGACAAGCGGAUAUACAAUAAAAUUUGGUUUAUACCAGGUGGAUUUUGAAAAUCCCAACAGAACACGAACAAUCAAAAGUUCUGCUGACUAUUACAAAAAUGUCAUCGCUAAUAAAUGUCUAGUUGAUACAUGUGAAGAAUGAAAAAAGAAUAAACGACUUACGAUUAUGUAAAUGCUAUAAGAUUUUGUGUAAUAAAACCACUUAAAACGGGA